UAUUCACAAUUUGUAGGUAGUACAAGAACUGAAAAAUAAUUUUUGGUUGCCAGUAUACCUGUAGUCGUUGCACUGAUCAGUCGAUAGUUUUGUGAUAAAUUAUUUCUCAAGUGAAUUAAAUUAUUAACCAUGGGACGUGAUUCUAGAAAGGUUUCAAGAGAACUUCGGAGUUCUGAAAAAAUUAAUAAGUCGCGUUCAGUCAAAAGAAAGAAUGUUUUUAAUCCGAAAACAGCCGAACGUGAUGAAAGUAUUCAGAGUACAUCUUCUAAAAAAUUAAAACAAAACACUGAAGAUGAUGUACCUGAAGACAGCAGUACUGAAUUUCGAAUAAUAAAUUUUAUUCAGGUAUUCACUGCAAUUUCUGCUCUUAUAAAAUGUAAAAAAUGUGAUGGAAAUGUAGUGUUUCAAACAGCAAGUACACGUGGGCUGGGAUUCAAAAUUGUAGUUGCAUGUAAUAACUGUGGAAAUGAAUAUAUUCCUUCCUGUUCUUUCGUUGGGCAUUCUUAUGAAAUAAACAGACGUUUCAUUUUUGUAAUGAGAAUACUAGGAAUAGGAUACGAAGGAUUGUGCAAGUUUUGCGGCCUGAUGGACAUGCCGUCUUUUUUAGAUAAAUCUACGCAUACAAUUUUACUGAAACAGAUUUUGAAUUGUAGUAAAGCCGUCGCAGAAACCUUCAUGACGAAAGCUGUGAAUGAAGAAAAGCAAGCAAUGCCAACAACUGAAAAUGAAGAUAUAAAUCAUCUAACUGUAUCGGGAGAUGGAACCUGGCAAAAACGGGGAUAUACAUCGUCAUUUGGAGUUUCUUCUAUAAUUGGCUAUUUUACUGGAAAGAUUCUUGACAUAAACAUUAAAAGUGCAUAUUGUAAGCUAUGUGAGUAUUGGAAAAAAAAAACAAAUACUGUUGAGUUCGAGGAAUGGUAUCAAUCGCAUGAAGAUGUGUGUUCUGCUAAUCAUCAAGGGUCUUCUGGGAAAAUGGAGGUGGAUGCGAUGGUCGAAAUGUUUUCGUAUUCUGAAACUAAAUAUGGAGUUAAGUAUGCCAACUAUAUUGGUGAUGGUGACUCCAAGACCUAUUCAGGAAUUAUAAAAUCAGAUCCUUACGAAAAUACAACUGUAAAUAAAAAGGAAUGUAUAGGGCAUGUCCAAAAGCGGAUGGGGAGUCGAUUACGUACGCUGAAGAGUAAACAAAAAGGUCUUGGUGGUCGAGGUAAGCUCACAGGAAAAUUAAUAGACAAACUAACUGUGUACUAUGGUUUAGCAAUACGCCGGCAUUGUGAUUCUAUUGAAAAUAUGAAAUCUGCUAUAAUGGCAACCUUUUAUCACUACGGCUCGAGUGAUGAAAAACCGAAUCAUGAUAUGUGUCCAAAAGGCGAAGAAUCUUGGUGCUCUUACCAGCGCGCUGAAGCAAGAGGAGAGCUUGAUACCUUUUCUCACGAUUAUUCUCCUUUACCUUCUGAUGUUUUAAAAGCUAUCAAGCCUAUAUACGAAGAUCUUAGUAAUGAAAAUUUACUUUCAAGAUGUGUAGGUGGAUUCAAUCAGAAUAAUAAUGAAAGCUUUAACCAACUAGUAUGGAAAAUAUGCCCAAAAACGGUAAAUACUAGUUUUACUAUCGUACAAAUAGCUGCAUACGUUGCUAUGUGUAUAUUUAAUGAGGGUAUAAAUUCAUUAUUAGUCUUGAUGAAUACACUAGGACUUAAUUGUGGGCCUAAUUCUCAUCGGUAUGCAGAAAGAAUGGAUGCUGCACGUAUCAAAGUAGCAGAUAAGCGCGCUAAUGAUAACACCCGAGAAGGUCGAUUGCAACGUAGGCACCAGCAAAUCGAUAUUUUGGAAGCUGCUAUGUCGGCUGAAGAGCUAUUAUAUGGUCCAGGAAUAGAUGACUCAGUAUGAAUCUCCAAGGACUUAUGAUGAUCACCGCAAAGGACUUCGGGAGGAACGGGCUCUACAAAAACAGCGAUAACUUUUUGAAUUAUUAAUUUUUUUUUUUGAAAUUUUCGUGAAGUCAAAUCGAAACGUGUUCUAAUAAAGCUAUGUUUUUAUUUUUGUCAAAUAAAGUAAUUAACUACAAAAAAAAAAUUAUUGAAAAUCAUCAUUUUUUCAUACCCCUGAG